UUGAAAAUUAGUUUCAUGCUAAGAUGGCUAUAUCAUCUGAAAAGUUCAAAGUCUAAAUUUGAUUUAUUGCUUAUAAUUCAAUAUUUAUGGAAAAAUUUUCAUCUCAGCACUGUGAAGAGACUGAAAGAAGGAUAUUAUGGGUUUCAAAACUUUCUGCUUGGGGAUGUUGUGUAUUCUUUUUAUAUCUUAUUUAUAUACCCGUACCUGGCAACAUCGAAGAAAGCUGAAAAGUAAUGGCCUUGGAUGUGAUGGCAAAAACUUGUACAUUUGUGGGUAUUUGUUUAGAAAAUAUAGGUAUUAUGAGAUACGAAGAAUUUAUUUCAAUGAUAUUCAGGAUGGAUUAUACCCCGCCUCUGUCAGAUGAAUAUACUGCAGUGAUUGAUACAGACUUUGCUGAGGUCCCAGUACGUUUAUAUUUGCCAAGACGGAAGUCAGAAACCCUAAGACGAGCUGUAAUCUACAUGCAUGGUGGUGCUUUUUGCUUUGGAAGUUGCAAGCAGACAGCGUUGGACUUCCUGAACAGACGGACUGCAAACAAACUUGAUGCUGUCGUUGUAGGAGUAGAUUAUAGGCUAGCUCCUCAACAUCACUUUCCUGCUCAAUUUGAAGAUGGCAUCACUGCAGUCAAGUUUUUUCUUCAGGAUAAAAUUCUUUCAAAAUAUGGAGUAGAUCCCAGUCGAGUCUGCAUCUCAGGAGACAGUUCUGGGGGCGCUUUAGCAGCAGCAGUGACUCAGCAGAUGAAGAAUGAUCCUGAAAUAAAAAAUAAAAUCAAAAUACAAGCAUUACUGUACCCUGGCUUACAGAUGAUCGAUACUUAUUUGCCAUCUCAUCGAGAAAAUGAGCAUGGUAUAGUUCUGACAAGGGACAUAACCAUAAAACUUGUGAGUUUAUAUUUCACCAAGGAUGAAGCACUUCCUCAGGCAAUGAGAAAAAAUCAACACAUGCCUCUGGAAUCCAGACAUCUGUUUAAGUUUGUUAACUGGAGCACUCUUCUUCCUGAGAAGUUCAGAAAGGACCAUGUUUACACUGAACCAGUUCUUGGAAGAUCCACUUACUCAUUUCCAGCACUUAUGGAUAACAGAGCAUCACCUUUGUUGGCUAAUGAUUCCCAGUUACAGAAUUUGCCACUGACUUACAUCCUUACCUGUCAAUAUGAUAUCCUCAGAGAUGAUGGACUUAUGUAUGUUUCAAGACUUCGAAAUGUUGGAGUUCAAGUAGUUCAUGAGCAUAUUGAGGAUGGAAUCCAUGGGGCUUUAUCAUACAUGACAGCACCACUUUAUUUACAUGUAGGUCUUAGGAUAAAAGAUAUGUAUAUUAAUUGGCUGGAUAAGAAUUUAUAAGUGUAUAAUGUAUAUAUCAGAAAAUUUUAGUUUGUGACACUUUGUACUUGUUGUGAAAAGAAUGAAGUAGUUUCUGUUGAGUCCAGGUAUGACAAUUAUUUUGUGUCUUUAAACUAGUCACUAAAUGUUAUGAUUUAUGGACAUUACAUAUAUUAAAAUGUGAUUCAAUCUAUUUUCUCCUUACUUUUAAUGUAUUGUGCCAGUCCAAAAGUACUAAUGUUUAUCAAAUUUUAGAAAUAAAAAUUUCUCAAAUCAGGGAAGAUGGUGUCCAGAUAAGCACAGUAAGUGUAGAUGUGAAAGUGCAGAGAGAUUGCAAGGAAAAACAAAUUGCUCCUAGAAUGGAAUGGAAACUGUUAGACUACAUGAAUUGUAAGGGCCUUGUAUUAGUUUCCUUUUACGUAACAAAUUACCAACAAAAUAAAACUGUUGUCUCAAAAUGAAA